AUGGAUAACGCUAGAUUACUCUUGUCUCAGUCUGUCAGCCUCCACGACAUCGGGUCUACGGAAGAGAACAUGACGAAAACUAGGAUAAGUUUCGAGUUUUACGGUGGCUUCUUGGCUUUGCGUAUUCUGCGAGACACCCCACCCUCAUCGUCAACGGAAGCUGCUGUGCCCCAGAAUUUAGCUGAGAAUAUCACGGAAGCUAUUAUUCGACACCAAGAUUUCCGGAAUACUGGGAAUAUCACGGCCGUAGGUCAAUCGCUCCAGCUAGCCACUAUUGACAACACUUGUCGCUAUGCUGAAGUCGUCAAUCCCUUUACAAUCGAAGAAACUACGAAUCAUCAUCCUCGACAGAAAUGGAGCCGCUGCUUUGCAGCUGGACUCCACAGAGAGAUCGAAUUGAAACCGUGGUCCCAUACCACUGCUUUGGGCGAAGGGGCACCGGCAAGGGUACUUGCCAAUGAAACAAUGGCUGUACAAAUUUACUGUUACUAG